UUUCAUAGUAAAAGCUAAACAGCUUCAGUUCAGAAUAAGAACGAAAGCUCUCGAUUUUUUCUCCGAUUUUAGUACCAGUAGAGAAGGAAAAGAUGUCAGAAGAUGAUAACUCAGAGGUGCCCUUCAAAGAAGAGGAGGAAGAGGAGGAAGAGGUCCCUCCUAAGAAGAAACGUGGCCGACCAAAGCGUUCCUUAGUGAGCACUGAAGAGACGGGCUCCGAGUUGGCGGACAUGGGCGAUGCAGAUGGCAGGCCCCUCACCAGGAAACGCGGUAGGAAGAAGAAAACCCUCUACUUUGAUAAUGAUUCAGGAAGUGACGAUGAAGUGAUCCAUCAGAUUGGCACAAAGAUAAAGAAGAAACGCGGGCGGCAAAAGGGACAUACUCUAAAUAGUGGGACUUGGGUAGCAAAGAAACCCUUAGGACGACCGAGGGUCUCCUACGCGAGCAGCACAAGGGGGAAGAAGAACCCCAGUGAACUGAUAUGCGAGCUAGGACAGGUUUUCUAUAACCUUGGAUGGGUUAGUGGGACAGGAGGAGGCAUCAGCAUAAAGCAGGGGGAGAAAAUUUUUGUGGCUCCCUCCGGUGUCCAGAAGGAACGUUUAAAGCCAGAGGAUUUGUUUGUCCUCAAUGCAGCAGGUGAUGAAUUGGAAGUCCCAGCAGAUAAGCAGCUAAGGAAGAGCCAGUGCACCCCACUUUUUAUGCUGGCUUACCAAAUGCGAGGAGCUGGGGCUGUUAUACACAGUCACUCAAAGGCAUCUGUGAUGGCGACACUAGCCUAUGCUGGGUCAGAGUUCAAGGUUACCCAUUUGGAAAUGAUUAAAGGUAUUAAGUGUGCCUCAGAAGAUAGGCAGAUGAGGUAUGAUGAGGAGGUGGUCGUGCCCAUUAUUGACAAUACACCUUUUGAAGCAGAUUUGGCAGAUAGCAUGGCACAGGCAUUGGAGCUUUACCCUGACACAAAUGCUGUGUUGGUUAGACGACAUGGUGUUUAUGUGUGGGGCGAUACAUGGGAAAAGGCCAAGACAAUGGCAGAAUGCUAUGAUUACUUGUUUGAUAUAGCAGUUCAGAUGACCAAGUUUGGACUCGACCCUUCAAAGCCCGCGGAAGAUGAGGCCAAAACAGAACAAGUGAAUGGGAAAUGAAGGCAAGACUAGAAAGGAAGUUCUUUUAGCACAAGGCAAAAGGGGAAAAGAAUAAUAAGGCCAACAGAAUUAUUCAUGCUGGAUUUUUUUUGGCCACAUUGCCUCGUCUGCUCAAGAAAGGAGUUUUAUUUCUAAAUCUUAGAAUAGAGAAAAGAACUUUUUAAACAUGAAAAACUUCCCCCACUUGAAAAAUGAUAAUGAUUUUAAAUGCCAUAUUUUCUUUGUAUGGGAAUAACUUCAUUGUAUCUUUUUAUCAUGAGAUUUGCACACUCACUAUAACCAUUCCCUGCAAAAAAUGCAAUAAAAAAUCCAGAAAAGUAAGGAAAUCAACUCCUGUGGUUUCUUUUUUAUGAGCUUAGUAAGAAUGAUAUUUUAGAAACCAUUCAUAAGUGCAGCCUGUUUUAACUUUGCAAAUUGGUGAUGUGUGAAGAUGAAAUAUUUGGUUUUAUAAUUGUUAUUGGGAAAUAAGAGAUGCUCAAGUUAUCCAGAUGCAAAUGUUACCAAAAGAAAGUUGGUUGAUUGGACAAGCCAUUACAUAUUUUAGUUCCUAAGCACUUCUUACCUUUUUCUCCUUCCUUUUCUUGAUUUAGAUUCUGUUAAAAGCUUGCAUCCAGAUUUUAAAACAUAUAUAUAUUUAUUUAUAUUUUUAAUGAAAAGCAAAGUCUACAAGACUCACAAGAGUAUUUCUUACUCUUAAGUUUACCUUUACAAAAUGGUAUAUUGUUAUUAAUUACAAAUUCCUUAAAGAGUUAUAAGGUGUAAAGUCAUUAUCAUCACCAUGAAGAAAAUUAGGAUUAAGAAGCAGUCAAAAGAAGAGAAUGGAGGAAGCUGUCCACCAUCAAAAAGAGUACAAACAAAUGAAAACAUACCUGUAUUUCUUUUUUUUCUAUUCCUAUUCUAGCAUAUAAUUGCGAGUUAGUUCAAACAUUUAGCAUGUAGGAAAUCAAAUCAGAAUACACUUUUAAACAAAUGAGGGUGAAGUUUGCUGUAACUUUUUAUAUCAUGCAAAUGUCUUUGUUGAAUUUAUAAGCUUCUUGAAAACUGAAGGUAUUUGCCAAGAUGAAAUGUAACACUUUAGUUGAUUGCAAUAACCAAGUUCAAUUGUAUCAAAUGCAGCUACUGUAAUAAAUCUGUAUGACUGUUAAAUUAAAAAUCCUCUCUUGAAUACAGAACGAGCUUACCCUUUACAGAACACACAAUAUUGAUACUAUUUUUAUUUGGUAAAUUACCAUGAAAUAAACUUAUUGUUCUCCAAAUGUUCUUCAGCGUGUCUUUACCUGUCAUAACUACUAGACUGCCUCUACUGGAAAAAAAGUACUCUGGCAAGAAGUCACAAGCAGUUUGAGUGUGCAUAUUAUUUCUUUUUGGUGUCCAUGUAUGUUCUCUGAGUGCAUGUCACUUCUAGUCACUGACUACUUUGGUCUUAUACAUUUCCAGUGCUAAGUUAAUCAUACCUUGUAUUAUCAGAAAGUUUAUUGUAAUAAGAGAAUGAGACAUUUGCCAAGUUUGACUGAAAAAUGGUAUGAAAUAAAUAUAUGGUUUUA